AUGAACCGCAUAGCCCUCUGGACCAUUGCAUCAUGUCUUUUGGUACCCUUCACGAUACAUGCUUCCCUCCAAGCAUGGCAUGGUUUAGCAGGGACCUCUUCUCCAUCCGGAAAAUGGGGAAGCCGGGCUACUUGCAUCCUCGCCGGGCUGCUACUCAAGAUACAAUACGACAUGUUUGUCAAACUGACAUUUGAGCUACGAGCACGGCGCCUGGGAUGUCUACCGGCCAAGCUUUACCCGCAUAAGGACCCUGUGCUCGGCUUGGACUACUUCCUCAAGGCCUCGCGCGCGGCCGCCGCUUGGCAAUUCUUACCUUUUGCCAGAGAGAACCUGAAGACCAUUGGGCACACGCACUACACCAUGGCUCUUGGGACCUGGGUCCUGCACACGGACGAGCCCGAGAACAUCAAGAGCAUCCUGGCCACCGAUUUCGAUAGCUGGGAGAUAGCCGGCCCGAGGCUGCUCCCCGUACUCCCCGUGCUGGGUUCCAAGAGCAUAUUCACCAGCAAUGGCGAGGGUUGGCACCAUGCCCGAUCGAUGCUCCGGCCGAGCUUCGUGCGUGAUCAGGUUGCCGACCUGGCAUGUUUCGACCGUCAUAUCGGCAACUUGCUCAAGAAGAUCCGCAGCUCCUGCCAGGAGGGAAAGGUUGCCUUUGACCUCCAGGAGCUCUUCUUUCUCAUGACCAUGGACUCGAGCACCGACUUUCUGCUCGGCAGGAGCACUGAUCUUCUGGUGGAGGCUUCACCCGAGGCCGAGGAAUUUCUCAGGGCUUUCGACUACGUCCUUUUCCAGGGCGCAAAGAUGGCACGGCUCGGUCCCAUGAUGAUGUACCUGCCACACCGCAAGUUUGACGCCGACGUCCAGACGGUGAGGAGCUUUGUCCGCAAAUACGUGUCCAGGGCCAUGAGCGAAAGGGGAUAUCAGAAAGAGCGAAGCUACCUGUUUCUGCACGAGCUCAUCGCAUCAGGGGCCAGCGAGGAGUACAUCACCGACCAGGUCCUGUCAAUUAUACUUGCAGGGCGGGAUACGACUGCCGCUGCGCUUGGUGCCGCCUUCUACUUCCUGUCGCAAUCCCCCGAUACUGUAGCGAAGCUGAGGCGGGAGAUGUUGGAGAUGGGACAGGAGAACCCGGAUUGGGAGACGCUACGGGGCAUGAAGUAUCUCCAAAAUGUCAUCAAAGAGACUUUGCGCCUCGCGCCUCCCGUUGCCACCAAUUCCCGAUCAACGAGCAAGGAGACCAUCCUGCCCCGAGGCGGUGGGUCGGAUGGAAAGUCGCCAGUCCUCAUCCCCAAGGGUACAUCGUGUCGAUGGAGCAGCUAUGCCUUGUACCGACGGCAAGACAUCUACGGCCCUGAUGCAGAAGAGUUCCGGCCGGAGAGGUGGGAGGAUUUGAGGGUUGGUUGGGAAUACACUCCGUUUAGUGGGGGCCCAAGAAUCUGUAUCGGCCAGCAAUUUGCCCUAACGCAGAUGUCUUUGACCAUAUUCAGAAUCUUGCAAAAUUUUGACAAGAUCGAGUCCAAGAAUGAUGGCCCUAUGGCCCUGCGGGCGAGUGUUUCUGUAUCGCUAGCCGAUCCGGGGUGCUUGGUGAGCAUGACGCCGAGCGCCUAA